UCAUCCCUUUCGCUCGAUGUGGGAUUCCAUGUCGUGGUGCAUGAGCCCAAUAAAGAAGUCUCAGUGAAAUCCCACGGUCUCUCAGUCCCGCCAGGAGCCGCCCUUCACGCUGGCAUUUCCUACAGAAAUGUGUCUUAUUUGCCAAGGUCUGACUGGGGACUAUGUCAGCGAGAAUGGGAUCAGAAGCUCCAUGGCCCGGUGCUAACGGAACUCGAGUACACUUCAGCUCAUUGCGAAUGGAAUUGCCUUGCGCAGGAAUGGCUGCGUACGUGUGGGUGCCAACCGAUGGUGCUGCUUCCCUUGAAGAUUUCCUCUGAUGCGGGCAUAUGCACACCUUAUGACAUUAAGAGAUGUGCUGAUUUCGUUCAU